AUGAUAUCGGCACGACAUCGUGAUGUCCUUGCCCUGCCCAUAUUCAAGCAGGAGGACACCAGCCUCUCCGUGGAAACCGAGACCAAAAAUCCGCCAUUCCAAUACGUGCUGUGUGCCUCCACAUCCCCAGCCGUCAAACUCCAUGACGAAAUCCUCACUUACCUGAACCAAGCUGACCAGGUGAACUGGCAGAGAUCAAGGCAAGAAAGGCCGCAGGCCCGGACGGAAUCAGCCCCAGACUGCUCAAAGACUGUGCGGACCAGCUCUGUGGUGUGGUCAGUGCCUAAGGUGGCGCGCCCUAAGGAGCUGAACCACUUCAGGCCUUUUGCCCUGACCUCCCACCUGAUGAAGACGUUGGAGAGGAUCAUCCUGCAUCACCUGCGACCCCUGGUGAGCUCGCCGCUGGACCCCCUACAGUUUGCCUACCGGCCUGGUAUUGGGCCUGCACUACUGAGGGCGAAGCUGGAGGGAGCAGGAGUUGAUCGCCACCUGACUACAUGGACCACUGACUACCUCACCAACAGACCACAGUUUGUGAGACUCCACGACUGUGUGUCUGAUGUGGUGACCUGUAGCACAGGUGCCCCUCAGGGUAUGGUGCUCUCUCCCUUCCUCUUCACACUCUACACUUCAGACUUGUGCCACAACACCAGCAACUGCUACAUCCAGAAGUUCUCGGAUGAUACAGCCAUCGUUGGAUCCAUCUUUUACGCCGUGGUCUGUUGGGGAGGGGGCUGUAUGGACAGGGACAGGAGGAGACUGGACAAGCUGAUCAGGAGAGCAAGCUCUGUCCUGGACUCUCCACUGGACUCUGUGGAGGAGGUGGGUGAGAAGAGGAUGCUAUCCAAACUGGCAUCCAUCAUGGACAACACCUCACACCCCCUGCGCGAGUCUGUAGUGGCCCUGAGCAGCUCCUUCAACAUCCCGAUGUCCGUGGGCAUCACCAAUCCCAAGACCAGUCCCUCACAGCUCAAUGGUGUCGAGUUCCUGUGGGGCCUCUCCAAGUGGACCUCCAUCUUCGUCCAGAUGAGGCUUGAGUCCAUAAUAGAAGAGGCAGCCGAACACGAGCUGAAAAAGUCCAGCAAGCGGACUCUACCCGCUGACUGUGGCGAUUCUCCGGCCAAACGCAGCAGCGUAAGGACACCCCCCCUUCUCCAUCUGCCUGGUUUCUCCACCUGCAACAGAGUUAAUUCCUCAUCACCAAAUCAUCAGGGAGAGGUGACUGGCCACAUUGCUAUGGAGCAGCUUAGUCCGGCAGCAUCAUUACAGGAGCCACAGCAGUGGCUGCACAAGAACAGAUUCGCCACCUACACCCAACUGUUCUCACACUUCUCGGGUUCCGAUUUACUGAAACUGACUCGCGACGAUUUAGUUCAGAUCUGCGGCCCAGCUGACGGCAUCCGACUGUUCAAUGCACUUAAAUCCAGGUCUGUAAGGCCCCGCCUGACAGUGUAUUUGUGCCAGGAGUCCCUCCAGUCCCAGAGCCCGACACCGCUGGAAGGCUCCUGCGACAGCAAGAAUGGGGAACACUGUAACAGUGCAAUAUACGUGUAUCAUGCCCUCUACCUGGAAGAGAUGACAGCGUCAGAGCUGACUAGCAAGAUUGCUUCCAUCAUCAAUAUCCCCGUGGCGCAAAUCAACCAGGUGUUCCGCCAGGGUCCAAGUGGCAUACACAUCCUUCUCAGUGACCAGGUGAUGGCUGAUCCCGCCUCAUAA